AUGUCGUCCCCCGCACCCCUCCUGCGGCCACCGAUUCCUGGCGCCCGCUCGCAAGGUGGCGCCCGUACACCUCGACUCGGCCUCUCGAUACCUCCGUCGCCGCAUGCACGGCCUGUGACAAACGGCGCACCUGAGGGCCUGACUCUCAGACCCGCCCCUCCCAAGCUACAUCUGUCGACGCCCAUGGGUACCAGCCAGACCCCGCACGAAGGCCGUGCACAGCCCAGGGGACUUCCACCACUGCAGAUCGGUACUGGUCUUUCGCCAGCGGGAGGCUCCAGCGAUGCAAGUGCACAUUCAAGAUCUGGGAGCUUUGGCGAGGUCCAGGCGAACGGUUCGGCCUCGUCGUACAAUGGCGCUCUUGGCUUCCUGCACAGGGGCUCGGAUCCAAUCUCAGCAAUAUCCCAGGGUGGCAGUGAUAGCGCUCCGUCGAUGGAGAGGGAGAACAGCAGCCAGCCACUGCCCGACCUGGAGAAAUUGGCUGCCGAGAAGGGGGCGCCACUUGAUGUGGAUGAUCUGGAUGACCUGGGCUUCAAAGCAGCCUCCGCGAAAGGCUUAAUCGAGGAGAAGGAUAACUUGGGUGAGGGAGCUGGAGGAGCAGUGACUAAGUGUGUUCUCAGGGGUGGAACCAAGGUGUUUGCUCUCAAGAUCAUCACAACAAACCCAGACCCAGAUGUCAAGAAGCAGAUCGUGCGCGAGCUCAACUUCAACCGAGAAUGCGCAAGUGACCAUAUCUGCAAAUACUAUGGCGCCUUUGUGGAUGACAGCACCGGGACCAUCAGCAUCGCCAUGGAGUUUUGCGAAGGUGGAUCUCUGGAUUCCGUGUACCGUGAAGUCAAGAAACUGGGUGGUCGAACUGGUGAGAAGGUGCUCGGCAAGGUGGCAGAAGGCGUUCUGAACGGCCUCACCUACCUCCACGCGCGCCGUAUCAUCCACCGCGACAUCAAGCCGAGCAACAUCCUCCUUUGCCGGAACGGACAAGUUAAGUUGUGCGAUUUUGGUGUUUCCGGCGAGUUCGGCACCAAGGGAGAUGCCAACACCUUCAUCGGAACAUCAUACUACAUGGCCCCUGAACGAAUUACUGGGCAGAGCUACACCAUCACCAGUGAUGUUUGGAGCCUCGGCGUCACAUUGCUAGAGGUCGCGCAACACCGAUUCCCGUUCCCUGCGGAUGGCACUGAGAUGAACCCCCGCGCUGGCCUCAUUGAUUUGCUUACCUACAUUGUGCGACAGCCGAUCCCGAAGCUCAAAGACGAGCCAGAGAAUGGCAUUCGAUGGUCCGAAAACUUUAAAUACUUUAUUGAGUGCUGUCUCGAGAAGGAGCCUCCUCGGCGAGCCUCACCAUGGCGCAUGCUAGACCACCCCUGGAUGCUCGAAAUGAAGACGAAGAAAGUCAACAUGGCCCACUUCUUGAAGCAAGUGUGGGAUUGGAAGGAUUAG